AUGGAUGAUGAUGGUGACAUUGAUAUUUUUUUCUCCAAUUGGAACAACAAGAAUCGAAUUGAUCGCCUUUUUAUUGUCUCUUGCCUUAUCGCUGCUCUAAUUGGAAUUUUGACUAUAGCCUACAUGUGGAUUGCCAUAGUAGCGUGUCCAAUGAAACAGGAGUCAGAGCAACAAGUCCAAGCAUACGCUAUGAAUAAAAAUUUUACAAGUAUAGCCGUACGGCUAUACGCGGCUAUACUAUUUAAAUGCAAUAUUAGGAGUCAGAGCGACAAGUCCAAGCAUGGAAAUGAACCCUCUGUUGACACGGGAAAUAGUGGUAGUACUGGGGGUAUGUCCACAGAAAGCACAGCUGAUACUCAUCAAGCUGUUAAUCUCUCCUCAGUUGAUUUCAAUGGAGUUUUUGAGCUGACCUCAACACAAGGACCGGAGGUGGGUCUAUAUUUAUUCAGAAAGGUGCCGCACCAUAGAAAAGCAAAACUUUGUGUCUCCUCCUCCAGUUGCUAUUCUACCUGCCGGAAUAGGGAAUGA